UCUCUCCAUUUUGUCCGUGUCCGCUGUGAGAUAGACGUGGUGCACUUCGCUCCCGUGGUCUUCUUGUGCGCACUGCCGUAAUCUCUCUAGUAAUCAGCUAUGGCUUCUGUCGCUAACCCCGCAACCACCGAAUCCGACAAGAACGACACCCUGACCGGAGAGGAGGCCGACAGUAACCCCGACGAGUCAGCACUUGGCGAGGAUGAGGAGGACGAAAACGACGAUGAUGGCGGCGAAGACGAGGAGGAUGAAGACGAGGCCGAGACGGUGAAGGUCGGGAACAAGUACACGUGCAAGCGGUCGGACGGGACUCUCCAUGAAGCAGAGAUUGUGAAGACCCGAAUUAACAAACAGGCUGGACGGGAAGAGUACUAUGUACAUUAUGUAGGCUUGACUCGUCGCCAGAACGAAUGGGUGGACAAAACUCGCUUGGUGUUGUCCAAACCUUCAAAAGAUGCAAUUGAAACGAACGGAGACGACCAGGAGAUGAAAGACGUUUCUGAACAGGAUUCAAAGACCCCACAAAAGAGAAAAGCAGAGGACCCGGAGCCAGAAUCAAAGAAAGCAAAGGUUGAGGUUACUGAAGCAGUUUCAAACUCUGGACCAGGAGGUGACUUUGCUGAAGAGCUUACUUGUCCACUUUGCGUUGAACUCUUCAAAGAUCCUGUUAUGGUGGAGUGUGGUCACAACUUCUGCCGAAACUGCAUUGACAAGGCCUGGAAUGGGCAGACCACAUUGUCAUGUCCAGAAUGUAAAGAGUCCAUAUCUGACCACAAAUACACCACUAACAGGGCCCUGGCUAAUCUGGUCAAGAAGGCUGCUGGCACCCCUGCAACUCCUGUAGAGAAGAAAUCCCGUCCACUUGAAAACUGCCCUGUGCACGAUGAGAGGCUGAAGCUGUACUGCAAGGAUGAUGGUGCCCUUGGAUGUGUUAUUUGUCGAGAUUCUCUUAAGCAUGCAUGCCAUAACUUCCUGCCUAUCUUGGAUGCUGUGGGUGUGUACAGGGAAGAGCUGACUGCUAUUGUGUCCCCACUAGAAGCUUCUCUGAAAGUUAUUGAGCAGCUGACUAGUCAGCAGAAUGAAAAGAUUGAACAGCACAAGACCAAUGUGUCAGAGUAUAAGCAGCAUGUAGUGUCAGAGUUUGAAAAGGUACACAAGUUCUUGAAGGUGCGUGAGGAGAAGCUGUUGGAGCAGCUGAAGGAACAGGGAGAUAGUUUGCUGAAGGAAAUGGAGCAGAACUUGAUCAAGAUGCAGGAAAAACGAGACAACAUCAAGCAGACAAUCUCUGUGGCUGAGGACCGAGUGAAUGACAAGGACGCCAUCUCGUUCCUCACUGAUAUCAAAAACUUCAUUGACAAGUGCCAGGAACAGCAGAAGGAAGUGGUGUCAUCUGGUAAUACUCUACUUUCUAAAGACCUGUGCCAAGGAACAUUUAAGGGACCCAUCCAAUAUAUCAUUUGGAAGGAAAUGAAAUCCUUCAUUGUUCCAUAUCUGUCUCCAAUGAUGCUAGAUCCAAGCACUGCUCACCCAAACUUGCUUCUGUCUGAUGGGCUGACCAGUGUUAAGUACGGAGAUGCCAAGCUCCCACUCCCUGACAACCCAAAACGUUUCAGCCAGUGUAUUCUUGUUCUGGGAUCUCAAGGCUUUGAUUCAGGACGUCACUACUGGGAAGUGGAAGUCGGCGACAAGACUGCCUGGGACGUUGGCAUGGCCAGCGAAUCCAGUAAUCGCAAGGGAAAGAUCAAGCUCAACCCCAAGAAUGGCUACUGGGCAAUCUGGCUUAGGAAUGGCAAUGCCUACAAGGCCCUAGAAUCUCCAUCAAAGUCGCUAGUCUUGGCCUCAAACCCCAAGAGAAUUGGUGUUUAUGUAGAUUAUGAGGGAGGUCAGAUCUCAUUCUACAACGCAGAUAACAUGACCUCCAUUUACACUUUCAAUGCCACCUUUACAGAGAAGCUGUAUCCAUACCUAUCCCCAUUCUUGCACGAUUCUGGGAGAAACUCAGAACCCCUGCGCCUCGUCCACAACUAAUGGGUCACUAGUUCAGUAGUGGUCACAGGGUAACUGAGUGGGAACCCAGUUUUUAAAACUAAUUCCUGGCAGUCCUCUGAAAUGCAUCUUGUUACAUUCUGAAGUUUAUAUGUAACUGUGAAAGCUCCUGUGAUAAGCAUCUAUUGUUUAAUGUUUAGCUGCUAUAUAAGCAUUCAGCCAUGAGUGCAGCUUUACUGUUAAUUUCACAUUUUCUUUUACAGUUUCCCUGUGAUGGCUGCACAUUGUGCGCUAUGUUCUAAUGCGGUUAACCUGUAAUGCACUAGUCUCAGUGAGGGUUUCUUUAUAAGCAGCUUUCCUCUUGUGAUGCUGAGGGGAACACAUUAGUUGCAGUUUCAAGUUCUGUUGAAUAUUUUUUUUAUCUUUGUGAAUUUUUGAUAGUAUGUAUAUUUCAUAGGCUUUUGCCUUUGUUAUGAAUAACAGCCACAACUCAUUUUAUUUUGGAAAUAAAAGGUGGCAAAACA